UCGUGGAGGAGGAAGGUGGAAGACGCUUCUGACUGUGAGCAAUGUGGAGUUAGAUCUCGCUAUUUAGAAAUCACAAGUUACAGCGCGAUGUCUUCAGCUCCUAUCGGCAGAAAUCGGCGAUGGUGUAUCUUCCUGGUGGGGUUGCUGGAGAGUCUCCUCUUCGGCGGCACCAUCUUCGGUUGGGCUCAGCUGGCCUACGUCCUCAAGGAACAAGGGAUCUUCAGUCACCUCUGCAACGCCACAGACACCGGUCGCGCCUCGUCCGAAGUUGGUGUUAACCUCUUCCCCCGCUAUCGCUCCACCGCCAUCUCCGUCAUCAGCGGCGUGUUUUCGGCGUCCGCGGGACUCUUCUUCUUCCUGCAGGUGCGCCUUCGGGAAUCCUGUUUGAAUGGGUACACUGUCGACUGGCCGUGGACGCGGGCAUCUCCCUCCGCUAUGCCAACUGGGUAUUAG